GGUGUGGACUAUUGGCAUGUGGAAAAAUACAUUAUCCAGCGGCGGCCACUGUACGCUUGAGUGCAAGAUACGCAAGGUCAGUCAUGAAACAAACGUGGUUGUAACAUUAAUCGGUUGUUGAUCUUCUGAAGUGUAUUCCUGUGUUAAGAUUUGUGUGCACUGUAUUUCAGUCUAACUCCGUGCAUAUGUUGCUACUUGUUCCUAUAUUCGUUUCGCCUUUCGUGCACGAUAAUCCACUUCAGUGCUGCCAUAUGGCAGAAGCAGGACAACAUAAUAGCUAGACCCAAGGUCCAGCAGAGGGCGCUAUUAUUCCUGACGUCUUUAAAUCAAACGACGUCAGGAAUAAUAGCGUCCUCUGGCGGACCUUGGGGCUGUAUAGUAAGUGCCAAAGAUAUCACACUUAAACUAAACAUUGUCUAAUGAAUGCAUCACAUCAUUAUACCAUGAUAAAGACAAGUUAAUAGUGAGGUGAUUUUCACAUUGGUGGAUGGACAGUAUUUCCAUUGUUGUAACUUGACCCAACAAUCAACAUUGCAUUAGUAUUUAGUAGGCAAGUGAAUCCACAACUAUCCAUGUGUCAUCAUGCGACAUGAGGUCAUGUUGUGUUGUUGUUUACAUUCAUGCACUGUCACAUUGUAUAUCUAUAUUCCCCAGGAGGUGCUAUUGACACACCACAGGCAAGCUUGCUCUGUCAGUGCUGAUUGUUAGAAGGUGAUUUUACCGCAGCCAUGAACUACGCUCGGUUUUUGACAGCUGUCAGUGCAGCUCGGAAGCCCUCUGCUAUUCGAAUGUUGAGUAAGUCGUCAUGGUUGUAGAGCUCUAUUCCAUAUCGUUCUAUUCUGUGUUUUGCCAUCUGGAAUUUCUCUGUAGUAUUUUAUUUAUUUGUACGUUUUCAGAUAUUGUAAUUUCAUUGUUAUGUGUAACCUACCUAUCUUGCCCCCCCCCCCCCCCCCUCCACCCCCAAGCUGAGCUCCAGCAGAGGUCACCCCCCUCCAUGAUCUCCUUGGCUGGAGGGGCUCCCAACCCCAACACUUUCCCCUUCCAGGCCUGCUCCAUCCAGGUGAAGAACGGGGAUACGCUCACCUUCGACGAGACCAUGAUGAAGAGGGCUCUGCAGUACUCUGCCUCCAGCGGGUGAGUCAGUGACUGACAAGACAUUGGUUCCGUCCAAAAUGGCACCCUAUUUACUAUAUACAGUGCAUUCGGAAAGUAUUCAGACCCCUUGACUUUUUCCAAAUGUUGUUAUGUUACAGACUUAUUCUAAAAUGGAUUAAAUUGUUUUUUUCCCCUAUCAAUCUACACACGAUACCCCAUAAUGACAAAGCAAAAACAGGUUUUUAGACAUUUUUGCAAAUGUAUUAAAAAUUAAAAUUAAAAUUUACAUAAGUGUUCAGACCCUUUACUCAGUACUUUGUUGAAGCACCUUUGGCAGUGAUUACAGCCUCAAGGCUUCUUGGGUAUGACACUACAAGCUUGGCACACCUGUAUUUGGGGAGUUUCUCCCAUUCUUCUCUGCAGAUUCUCUCAAGCUCUGUCAGGUUGGAUGGGGAGCGUCGCUGCACAGCUAUUUUAAGGUCUCCAGAGAUGUUCGAUCGGGUUCAAGUCCGGGCUCUGGCUGGGCCACUCAAGGACAUUCAGAGACUUGUCCCGAAGCCACUCCUGCGUUGUCUUGACUGUGUGCUUAGGGUCGUUGUCCUGUUGGAAGGUGAACCUUCACCGCAGUCUGAGGUCCUGAGCACUCUGGAGCAGGUUCUCAUCAAGGAUCUCUCUGUACUUUGCUCCGUUCAUCUUUCCCUCGAUCCUGACUAGUCUCCCAGUCCCUGCCUCUGAAAAACAUCCCCACAGCAUGACGCUGCCACCACAAUGCUUCACCGUAGGUAUGGUGCCAGGUUUCCUUCAGACAUGACGCUUGGCAUUCAGGCCAAAGAGUUCAAUCUUGGUUUCAUCAGACCAGAGAAUCUUGUUUCUCAUGGUCUGAGAGUCUUUAGGUGCCUUUUGGCAAACUCCAAGCGGGCUGUCAUGUGCCUUUUACUGAGGAGUGGCUGCCAUCUGGCCACUCUACCAUAAAUGCCUGAUUGGUGGAGUGCUGUAGAGAUGGUUGUGCUUCUCCACAGAGGAACUCUGGAGCUCUGUCAGAGUGACCAUCGGGUUCUUGGUCACCUCCCUGACCAAGGCCCUUCUCCCCCGAUUGCUCAGUUUGGCCGGGCGGCCAGCUCUAGGAAGAGUCUUGGUGGUUCCAAACUUCUUCCAUUUAAGAAUGAUGGAGGCCACUGUGUUCUUGGGGACCUUCAAUGCUGCAGAAAUGUUUUGGUACCCUUCCCCAGAUCUCUGCCUCGACACAAUCCUGUUUCGGACCUCUACGGACAAUUCCUUGGACCUCAUGGCUUGGUUUUUGGUCUGUCUGUGGGACCUUAUAUAAACCGGUGUGCGCCUUUCCAAAUCAUGUCCAAUCAAUUUAAUUUACCACAGGUGGACUCCAAUCAAGUUGUAGAAACAUCACAAGGAUGAUCAAUGGAAACAGGAUGCAUCUGAGCUCAAUUUCGAGACUCAUAGCAAAGGGUCUGAAUACUUAUGUAAAUAAGGUAUAUUUAAAAAAAACUGUUUUUGCUUUAUCAUUAUGGGGUAUUGUGUAUAGAUUCAUGAGGAAAUUGUUUUAUUUGAUCAAUUUUAGAAUAAAGCUGGAAUGUAACAAAAUGUGGAAAAAGUCAAGGGGUCUGAAUACUUUCCAGAUGCACUGUAUAUCCAGGCUCUGUCGCAGCCGGCCGCGACCAGGAGACUCAUGGGCGGCGCACAAUUGGCCCAGCGUCGUCCAGGGUAGGGGAGGGAAUGGCCGGCAGGGAUGUAGCUCAGUUGAUAGAGCAUGGCGUUUGCAACGCCAGGGUUGUGGGUUCGAUUUCCACGGGGGGGCCAGUAUGAAUAAUAAUAUGUAUUCACUAACUGUAAGUCGCUCUGGAUAAGAGCGUCUGCUAAAUGACUAAAAUGUAAAUGUAAAUGUAUAUACUUUUAUAUGUUUUUUUAUGUUUUCAGAAAUUAGUAAACAUUUAUAAAAAACAGUUUUCGCUUUGUCAUUAUGGGGUAUUGUGUGUAGAUUAAGAAAAAAAUAAUUGUAUCCUUAUUUUAGAAAAGGCUGUAACAUAACAAAAUGUGGAAAAAGUCAAGGGGUCUGAAUACUUUCCGAAUGCACUGAGAAACCUUAGGAACACCUUCCUAAUAUUGAGUUGCACCCCCUUUUGCCCUCAGAACAGCCUCAAUUUGUCGGGGCAUGGACUCUACAAGGUGUUGAAAGCGUUCCACAGCGAUGCUGGCCCAUGUUGACUUCAAUGCUUCCCACAGUUGUGUCAAGUUGGCUGGGUGUCCUUUGGAUGGUGGACCAUUCUUGACACACACGGAAACUGUUGCGCGUGAAAAACCCAGCAGCGUUGCAGUUCUUGACACACUCAAACCGGUGCGCCUGGCACCUACUACCAUACCCGGUUCAAAGGCACUUAAAUAUUUUGUCUUGCCCAUUCACCCUCUGAAUGGGACACAUACACAAUCCAUGUCUCAAUUCUCUCAAGGCUUAAAAAUCCUUCUUUAACCUGUCUCCUCCCCUUCAUCUACACUGAUUGAAGUGGAUUUAACAAGUGAUUUCAAUAAGGGAUCGUAGCUUUAACCUGGAUUCACCUGGUCAGUCUAUGUCAUGGAAAGAUGUUUUGUACACUCAGUGUAGUGCACUACCUUUUAUAGGGAAUCUGUGCUAUUUUGGACACAGCCGUUGUUUAUUGUGAAGUAGCAUCUCUUUUAGCCCACAAAAAGGGGUAUUCGUUCAAAAGUCUGUGGAAGCUUCUUCAGAGCAUGAUAUGGAAGAGUCAACAAGGACAGCCUCAAUAAGCUCUCCAUGACACAAUGUGCAUGACUAGCUCUAACAUACUGUACAAUUCGCAUGGUCAGGAGUUUAGAAUGUAGAAUCAUGCGCAAAUGAACAGUUUGAACACGUUUUAUUAUGAGGUGUUUGAACUGUUCAACGCUGUUUAUUGAAACGGUUAGAACAACAUGACACCUAUGCUAGUUAAUGGGAGUGGUAGAAGGUUAUCUCUUAACAGCUUCUUAUCUUAUCUUCUUAGAUUUACAACUGUCUAAAUAGUCAAUAGUGACUCAUAUUAGUCUGUAGAGCUCUCAACCCGUGUGUGUGCUCUCAACCACUGCUUUGCUUGCCACAGCAUUGGUUUAAUCACUUCUGAUAAGAGUUAACAGGGCGAUAAAGCCAAGGCUGCUUCCCAAAAGACACCGUAUUACGCACACUAGGAUUAACGUUUCACUGGAUGUCAAAACCGAAAAUGUUAUUACGACAUACCGUGGCUGCUAUUCAGGUUUGAUUAUUAACGAUUAGGUCUAUUUCUUGCUUAAAAAUACAAGUUUCCUUCGAAAUAAGAUGAGGUUAAGGUGAGAUAAAGUAGGGUGAGGUAAAGAUAAGGUGAUGUUUUGUAACUGCAGGUUAUUCAGUAUGAGGCAAAUCUGAAAUUCCACUUAAGUCAAUAUGUUCACUUAGUCUCGCAUGGACAUCAAUGUAUGACUAAGUGAAAGUUCAACUAAAGUUUGGAUUCACCCCUAUGAAUGGAAAGUUUAAUUUAGGCCUUAUCUACCCUGUAUAGAAUCCCAGAGCUGUUGACUUGGAUGAAGAACCUGCAGAAGAACCUUCACAACCCUCCUACAGCCAACUACAGUGCUGAGAUGGGCCAGAUGGACAUGUGUGUUACUACAGGGAGCCAGGAGGGCCUCUGCAAGGUAUUAUAUUGACAUUUUAGUCAUACAGCAGACGCCUUAAUCAAGAGCGACUUACAGUUAGUGUAUUAAUCUUAAAAUAGCUAGGUCCGACAACCACAUACAGUGAGGGAAAAAAGUAUUUGAUCCCCUGCUGAUUUUGUACGUUUGCCCACUUACAAAGAAAUGAUCAGUCUAUAAUUUUAAUGGUAGGUUUAUUUGAACAUUGAGAGACAGAAUAACAACAAAAUAAUCCAGAAAAACGCAUGUCAAAAAUGUUAUAAAUUGAUUUGCAUUUUAAUGAGGGAAAUAAGUAUUUGACCCCUCUGCAAAACAUGACUUAGUACUUGGUGGCAAAACCCUUGUUGGUAAUCACAGAGGUCAGACGUUUCUUGUAGUUGGCCACCAGGUUUGCACACAUCUCAGGAGGGAUUUUGUCCCACUCCUCUUUGCAGAUCUUCUCCAAGUCAUUAUGGUUUCGAGGCUGAUGUUUGGCAACUCGACCCUUCAGCUCCCUCCACAGAUUUUCUAUGAGAUUAAGGUCUGGAGACUGGCUAGGCCACUCCAGGACCUUAAUGUGCUUCUUCUUGAGCCACUCCUUUGUUGCCUUGGCCCGUGUGUUUUGGGUCAUUGUCAUGCUGGAAUACCCAUCCACGACCAAAGGAGGUUCUCACUCAAGAUUUGACGGUACAUGGCCCCGUCCAUCGUCCCUUUGAUGCGGUGAAGUUGUCCUGUCCCCUUAGCAGAAAAACACCCCCAAAGCAUAAUGUUUCCACCUCCAUGUUUGACGGUGGGGAUGGUGUUCUUGGGGUCAUAGGCAGCAUUCCACCUCCUCCAAACACGGCGAGUUGAGUUAAUGCCAAAGAGCUCCAUUUUGGUCUCAUCUGACCACAACACUUUCACCCAGUUCUCCUCUGAAUCAUUCAGAUAUUCACUGGCAAACUUCCGACGGGCAUGUAUAUGUGCUUUCUUGAGCAGGGGGACCUUGCGGGCGCUGCAGGAUUUCAGUCCUUCACGGCGUAGUGUGUUACCAAUUGUUUUUUUGGUGACUAUGGUCCCAGCUGCCUUGAGAUCAUUGACAAGAUCCUCCCGUGUAGUUCUGGGCUGAUUCCUCACCGUUUUCAUGAUCAUUGCAACUCCACGAGAUGAGAUCUUGCAUGGAGCCCCAGGCCGAGGGAGAUUGACAGUUCUUUUGUGUUUCUUCCAUUUGAGAAUAAUCGCACCAACUGUUGUCACCUUCUCACCAAGCUGCUUGGCGAUGGUCUUGUAGCCCAUUCCAGCCUUGUGUAGGUCUACAAUCUUGUCCCUGACAUCCUUGGAGAGCUCUUUGGUCUUGGCCAUGGUGGAGAGUUUGGAAUCUGAUUGAUUGAUUGCUUCUGUGGACAGGUGUCUUUUAUACAGGUAACAAGCUGAGAUUAGGAGCACUCCCUUUUUAGAGUGUGCUCCUAAUCUCAGCUCGUUACCUGUAUAAAAGACACCUGGGAGCCAGAAAUCUUUCUGAUUGAGAGGUGGUUAAAUACUUAUUUCCCUCAUUAAAAUGCAAAUCAAUUUAACAUUUUUUACAUGCGUUUUUCUGGAUUAUUUUGUUGUUAUUCUGUCUCUCACUGUUCAAAUAAACCUACCAUUAAAAUUAGACUGAUCAUUUCUUUGUCAGUGGGCAAACGUACAAAACCAGCAGGGGAUCAAAUACUUUUUUCCCUCACUGUAUCACAGUCAUAGUAAGUAAAACUUUCCUUAAUAAAGCAGAAGAGAGAAGUGCAAGAAAGGUAAGUUAGGUAUGACUGUCACUAAUGAUCCGGUGAUGAUGGUGAUCAUGAGUCUGUCCUAUUCUCACCCUCUCUACUACUUUUCUCCAUGUUUUGGCAGGUGUUUGAAAUGCUUGUAAAUCCCGGAGAUAACGUUCUUCUGGACGCACCCACGUACUCUGGAACUCUCGCUGCAGUAAGAAACUCUACUCCCAACCACAGAUAUACACAUACAUAAUCACUUUCUCUCUCUGUCUCUCACUUACUCAGAAAAGCUUUAUUAGCAUGAAUGGCAAGGCCACUGUUGCUAAAUCAAAAUGUGACAGAUAAUAAUAGCAACAACAGCAAUGCAAUAAUGAUGAUAAUAAUAGUUACAGUAACUUACUCUCACACACCCUCACACACACACUGUGUUCGCCGUCCCAAGCUCCAGCCAUUGGGAUGUAACCUGAUCAAUGUGCCCAGUGAUCAGCACGGUAUGAUCCCGAGUGGCCUGAAGGAGGUGCUGUCCAGCUGGGACCCAGCAGACGUCCACAAGCCACACAGCACCGUACCCAGGGUCCUCUACACAAUCCCCAAUGGAGGAAACCCCACCGGGGCCUCUAUGACCACCCAGAGGAAGAGGGAGGUCUACGAGGUACAGGACAGUCUGCAGACCCAUAGGCCCUGUUCAAAUAGUUCAGAAAUGCAUCCUUCCUUCCUUGAAGUAAUCACAGAUCUGAUUUGGUUGAAUUGGUGAAAGUAACAGGGUGGUAACCUUGCUUUCACCUAUCCAAUCACUUUUAGAUCAACGCUUACCUCAAGGAAACCUCAAGGAAGUAUUCAAACAGAUCCCCCAUUAUCGACUGGAUAUGCAGCAGCUACUCUUCCUGGGGCCCACAUAAAACGGGCAAAUACAUGACAAAGUACAGAACAGUUAUAGACAAGAACAACAUAAGAUAUUAUAUUAAAUUCAAAAUAAAAAUAAGAGUUACAGUAUAUAUUGGAAACAACAAUACUAUUUACACACUAUUCAUAUUCUUAUAUACAGUACAGUUAAAUUAGAUCUUUAGAAAGAGGAGAGGCACUUUGAUACAAUAUGUUUUUUUAUCUGUUUUUUAAAACUAAACUUUCUUUUUCCAGAGUAACCUCUGAUGGCAGAGCAUUCCAUGAUGACAUGGCUCUAUACAUAACUGAGCGACGCAUUAAAUCUGUUUUGGUUUGGGUACAGUGAAGAAACCCAUAGUGGCGUGUAUGGUGGGGGGGGGCAAAUAGUCCAGGUAGCCAUUUCAUUAGCUGUUCAGGAGUCUUAUGGCUUGGGGGUAGAAGCUGUUAAGAAGCCUUUUGGACCUAGACUUGGCGCGCCGGUACCCCUUGCUGUGCAGUAGCAGAGAGAACAGUCUAGGACUAGGGUGGCUGGAGUCUUGCGGUCGGAGGCCAAGCAGUUGCCAUACCAGGCAGUGAUGCAACCAGUCAGGAUGCUCUCUGAUGCAGCUGUAUAAUUUUUUGAGGAUCUGAGGACCAAAUCUUUUCAGUCUCCUGAGGGGGAAUAGGCUUUGUCAUGCCCUCUUAAUAGUGUCUGUGGAUACCUCUAUUUGGGCCUGUAGCACAUCAUAAAGUCUAGAGACUGACCGUUUUGAAUGGGGUUUGACAAGGAUAAGGUUAUCUAAUGUAGGAUUAUUUGGCUUAAUGCAAUACUGUGGGAUAUGUAUCCUUAAGAAAUUCCUGAUUUGGAGGUAUCUGAAAAAAUGUGUUGCUGGCAUGUUAAACUUACCCUGUAAUUGUUGAAAUGAAGCGAAAUGACCAUCAAUGUAUAAGUUACUGAUUAUUGUGAGCCCCUUAUCCCUCCACUGUGAAAACACCAUAUCAUCCAAUGCAGGGUGGUAAAGCAUGAUUCAGGCAAAUUGGGCUGUCAAUGUACACUACAGUGAAGCGGCGACUCCAGGAUGCUGACCUUCUAGGCAGAGUUGCAAAGAAAAAGCCAUAUCUCAGACUGGCCAAUAAAAAGAAAAGAUUAAAGAUGGGCAGUCUGAGAUAUGGCUUUUUCUUUGCAACUCUGCCUAGAAGGUCAGCAUCCCGGAGUCGCCUCUUCACUGUUGACGUUGAGACUCGUGUUUUGCGGGUACUAUUUAAUGAAGCUGCCAGUCGAGGACCUGUGAGGUGCCUGUUUCUCAAACUAAACACUGUAAUGUAUUUGUCCUCUUGCUCAAUUGUGCACCGGGGCCUCCCACUCCUCUUUCUAUUCUGGUUAGAGCCAGUUUGCGCUGUUCUGUGAAGGGAAUAGUACACAGCGUUGUACGAGAUCUUCAGUUUCUUGGCAAUUUCUCGCAUGGAAUAGCCUUCAUUCCUCAGAACAAGAAUAGACUGACGAGUUUCAGAAGAAAUGUAUUUGUUUCUGGCCAUUUUGAGCCUGUAAUCGAACCCACAAUUGCUGAUGCUCCAGUUACUCAGCUAGUCUCAAGAAGGCCAGUUUUAUUGCUUCUUUAAUCAGCACAACAGUUUUCAGCUGUGCUAACAUAAUUGCAAAAGGGUUUUCUAAUGAUAAACUUGGAUUAGCAAACACAACGUGCCAUUGGAACACAGGACUGAUGGUUGCUGAUAAUGGGCCUCUGUACGCCUAUGAAGAUAUUCCAUUAAAAAUCAGCCGUUUCCUGCUAUAAUAGCCAUUUACAACAUUAACAAUGUCUACACUGUAUUUCUGAUCAAUUUGAUGUUAUUUUAAUGGACAAAAAAAUUAUUCUCCUGUUCCCCUAACUCUUUCAAUUUUGUAUUGGUGUGUUUCUUCCUCUCCGAUGUACAGUGAGGGAAAAAAGUAUUUGAUCCCCUGUGGAAUUUGUACGUUUGCCCACUGACAAAUAAAUGAUCAGUCUAUAAUUUUAAUGGUAGGUUUAUUUGAACAGUGAGAGACAGAAUAGCAACAAAAAAAUCCAGAAAAACUCAUGUCAAAAAUGUUUGCAUUUUAAUGAGGGAAAUAAGUAUUUGACCCCCUCUCAAUCAGAAAGUUUCUGGCUCCCAGGUGUCUUUUAUACAGGUAACGAGCUGAGAUUAGGAGCACACUCUUAAAGGGAGUGCUCCUAAUCUCAGCUUGUUACCUGUAUAAAAGACACCUGUCCACAGAAGCAAUCAAUCAAUCAGAUUCCAAACUCUCCACCAUGGCCAAGACCAAAGAGCUCUCCAAGGAUGUCAGGGACAAGAUUGUAGACCUACACAAGGCUGGAAGGGCUACAAGACCAUCGCCAAGCAGCUUGGUGAGAAGGUGACAACAGUUGGUGCGAUUAUUCGCAAAUGGAAGAAACACAAAAUAACUGUCAAUCUCCCUCGGCCUGGGGCUCCAUGCAAGAUCUCACCUCGUGGAGUUGCAAUGAUCAUGAGAACGGUGAGGAAUCAGCCCAGAACUACACGGGAGGAUCUUGUCAAUGAUCUCAAGGCAGCUGGGACCAUAGUCACCAAGAAAACAAUUGGUAACACACUACGCUGUGAAGGACUGAAAUCCUGCAGUGCCCGCAAGGUCCCCCUGCUCAAGAAAGCACAUAUACAGGCCCGUCUGAAGUUUGCCAAUGAACAUCUGAAUGAUUCAGAGGAGAACUGGGUGAAAGUGUUGUGGUCAGAUGAGACGAAAAUGGAGCUCUUUGGCAUCAACUCAACUCGCUGUGUUUGGAGGAGGAGGAAUGCUGCCUAUGACCCCAAGAACACCAUCCCCACCGUCAAACAUAGAGGUGGAAACAUUAUGCUUUGGGGGUGUUUUUCUGCUAAGGGGACAGGACAACUUCACCGCAUCAAAGGGACGAUGGACGGGGCCAUGUACCGUCAAAUCUUGGGUGAGAACCUCCUUCCCUCAGCCAGGGCAUUGAAAAUGGGUCGUGGAUGGGUAUUCCAGCAUGACAAUGACCCAAAACACACGGCCAAGGCAACAAAGGAGUGGCUCAAGAAGAAGCACAUUAAGGUCCUGGAGUGGCCUAGCCAGUCUCCAGACCUUAAUCCCAUAGAAUAUCUGUGGAGGGAGCUGAAGGUUCGAGUUGCCAAACGUCAGCCUCAAAACCUUAAUGACUUGGAGAAGAUCUGCAAAGAGGAGUGGAACAAAAUCCCUCCUGAGAUGUGUGCAAACCUGGUGGCCAACUACAAGAAACGGCUGACCUCUGUGAUUGCCAACAAGGGUAUUGCCACCAAGUACUAAGUCAUGUUUUGCAGAGGGGUCAAAUACUUAUUUCCCUCAUCAAAAUACAAAUCAAUUUAUAACAUUUUUGACAUGCGUCUUUCUGGAUUUUUUUGUUGUUAUUCUGUCUCUCACUGUUCAAAUAAACCUACCAUUAAAAUUAUAGACUGAUCAUGUCUUUGUCAGUGGGCAAACGUACAAAAUCAGCAGGGGAUCAAAUACUUUUUUCCCUCACUGUAUAUGAAAUAAUGUAAUCUCUAAUCACAGCCUUGAGAGAUUCCCAAAGGGUAGAGUGGUUAACAUCCCCCGUGUCGUUAGCUCCAAGGAAAAAAGCAUUUUGCUCCUUCAAAUACUGACAAAAAGUAUAAUCUUUCAACAAGUAUACGUCUAAGCACCACGGUCGCCGACCUGCAGACAUACAGCUGAAGUCGGAAGUUUACAUACACUUAGGUUUCAACCACUCCACAAAUGUCUUGUUAACAAACUAUAAUUUUGGCAAGUCAGUUAGGACAUCUACCUUGUGCAUGACACAAGUAAUUUUUCCAACAAUUGUUUACUGACAGAAUAUUUUCACUUAUAAUUCACUGUAUCACAAUUCCAGUGGGUCACUAAGUUGACUGUGCCUUUAAACAGCUUGGAAAAUUCCAGAAAAUGAUGUCAUGGCUUUAGAAGCUUCUGAUAGGCGAACUGACAUCAUUUGAGUGAAUUGGAGGUUUACCUGUGGUUGUAUUUCAAGGCCUACCUUCAAACUCAGUGCCUCUUUGCUUGACAUCAUGGGUAAAUCAAAAGAAAUCAGCCAAGACCUCAGAAAAGAAAUUGUAGACAUCCACAAGUCUGGUUCAUCCUUGGGAGCAAUUUCCAAAUGCCUGAAGGUACCACGUUCAUCUGUACAAACAAUAGUACGCAAGUAUAAACACCUUGUGACCACGCAGCCGUCAUACCGCUCAGGAAGGAGACGCAUUCUGUCUCCUAGAGAUGAACGUACUUUGGUGUGAAAAGUGCAAAACAAUCCCAGAACAACAGCAAAGGACCUUGUGAAGAUGCUGGAGGAAACAGGUUCAAACGUAUCUAUAUCCACAGUAAAAUGAGUCCUAUAUCGACAUAACCUGAAAGGCCGCUCAGCAAGAAAGAAGCCACUUCUCCAAAACCGCCAUAAAAAAGACAGACUACGGUUUGCGACUGCACAUGGGGACAAAGAUCGUACUUUUUGGAGAAAUGUCCUCUGGUCUGAUGAAACAAAAAUAGAACUGUUUGGCCAUAAUGACCAUCGUUAUGUUUGGAGCAAAAAGGGGGUUGCUUGCAAGCCAAAGAACACCAUCCCAACCGUGAAGCACGGGGGUGGCAGCAUCAUGCUGUGGGGGUGAUUUGCUGCAGGAGGGACUGGUGCACUUCACAAAAUAGAUGGUAUCAUGAGGAAGGAAAAUGAUGUGGAUAUAUUGAAGCAACAUCUCAAGACAUCAGUCAGGAAGUUAAAGCUUGACCCCAAGCAUACUUCCAAAGUUGUGGCAAAAUGGCUUAAGGACAACAAAGUCAAGGUAUUGGAGUGGCCAUCACAAAGCCCUGACCUCAAUCCUAUAGAACAUUUGUGGGCAGAACUGAAAAAGUGUGUGCGAGCAAGGAGGCCUACAAACCUGACUCAGUUACACCAGCUCUGUCAGGAGGAAUGGGCCAAAAUUCACCCAACUUAUUGUGGGAAGCUUGUGGAAGGCUACCCGAAACGUUUGACCCAAGUUAAACAAUUGAAAGGCAAUGCUACCAAAUACUAAUUGAGUGUAUGUAAACUUCUGACCCCCUGGGAAUGUGAUGAAAGAAAUAAAAGCUGAAAUAAAUCAUUCUCUCUAGUAUUAUUCUGACAUUUCACAUUCUUAAAAUAAAGUGGUGAUCCUAACUGACUUAAGACAGGGAAUUUUUACUAGGAUUAAAUGUCAGGAAUUGUGAAAAACUGAGUUUAAAUGUAUUUGGCUAAGGUGUAUGUAAACUUCCGACUUCAACUGUAUAUAUUGUCAGGUUUCAGCACCAUGGACAGCGGAGAGUGGUCUGUAAUUAGAAUCGGGUGAUUGAUAACCGACGCAGCUGCUGAAAUUAGUUUGGAGUCCAACAAAAAAUAGUCAAUUCUGGAAUAUGAUUUAUGAACUGACGAAAAUAAAGAAUAAUCCCUAUCUGUUGGGUGCGUCAGUCUCCAAAUUUCGACAAUGUUAAGGUUUGUCAUCAAUGUAUUUAGACAGACACUGGCAUUUGAUUGUGACCUUGAUAGCUGUUUAUCUAACAGAGGAUCUAACGUACUUAAAGUCGCCUCCAGCAAUAACACUUGUAUCCGAGAAAUUUGGUAUGGCCUUAAAUAGCCUUUGAAAAAAUAAUGGAUCAUCGAAGUUGGGUCCAUAUAAAUUGACCAAGGUUAUUGGUAUCGAAUUCAGUGUACCAGCCACAAUAAUAUACCGACCAUUAGGCUCUGAAAUCGAGGAUGAGUAAAUAAAAGGAAUGUUUUUCCUUAUCAGGAUUGCUACCCCUCUCGCUUUUGCAUCAAAAUUAGACUGGUAGAUCUGACUGAUCCAGCCAACUCAUAGUUUGUCCUGAAGCCGAGCGUUUAAUAUGAGUUUCUUGAAGAAGCACUAUGUCAGCGCCCAGUGAUUUAAGAUGAGAAAAAACCUUAGCUCUUUUCACGACAUGACCUAAGCCAUUGCAGUUCCAACUGACUUCCAACUGAUCUUUAAUCCACCAGGUCUACUCUGUGCCCGGUCACUAUGUGGCAUUUCUUAUUUUAGAGCAAAUUGUUGCUGUCAUACAAAACCCAAAAGAAAAACGUCCCGCCGUGCGGGAACUUGUCAUGCCACCUGUACUAAAAGUGCACAUAAAACACAGACCCCAUCCCCCCUCCCAUCUCAUUACUGAGUGACUUCCCCAAACGAAGCACUCCUUGACUAGACAUAAAGCCUGAACUAACUUGGCAUCUAUAGAUGCUCCGCAUAUAAACAAAUAUUAAAUAACACUUAACUCUCACGUGAGUGGAACUAAAACAUGAUAGGACUAAACAAUGCUAUGUAAGCAAUAACAUCUCACCCAUCAUUAUAAGUCCCGAUUUCUGAUGUUCUAAUCGAAAAGACAUCGGCAGGAAAUUCAAACACAUUCCUGGCCUAUAUUUGGCCACUUAGCCUGUUGACAGCAGUUCUGUAUCCUCAGCCAGGAAGCUUGCUUGACAAGAACAGGUCGGCCUCUUUUGGGUUGUCAAACGUACGUGUUGAUCCCUUGACUGUCACCUUAAACCAGGCUGGGAAGAGGAAUCCAUAUCGGAUGUUGGCCGCCCUGCAUUUCUUGCACAACUCAUCAUACUCUUUCCGUUGGUUCCUCACCUCCAAAGUAAGAUCUGGGUAGAAAGACACCCUGGCUCCGUUGUAGUUAAGGGGGAACUUAUGACUAGCCAGCUUGAGGAUGAGAUCCCUGGUCUGGGGAUAGUGCAGCUGUGCGAUGAAUGGCCUUGGUGGUGCUCCCUUGGCCGGCUUCAUUGCCUGUGAUCUGUGUGCGCGGUCAAUCAGGAUGGCCGUUUUGAAGAGUUCACUCCCCAGCAAUACUGGUAUCAGCUCUAAAACAAAUUCAGUGGGUUUCCCUUUCUCAGUGUCCUCCUGGAUCCCAAAUAUUCUGAUGUUCGAGCGUCUUGAAUGUGACUCGAGCAUUUCCAGUCGGGCUUUCAGGGUUUUGUUGUCAUUUUUGAACAUUGCGCACUGUUUCUCUAUGUCCUGUAGCCUGGCCUCGUGACUUUAUUUUUAUUUUUUAUUUAACCUUUAUUUAACUAGGCAUAUAGAUGCUCCGCAUAUAAAUCAACUGUCGUCUGCUCGACCUCAUGCACCCUUGCCUUGGUUGGCUUCACAGUUUCAGUCAAAGUCCCAAUACUCUUUGAGAUAUCAGCCAACCUUGUGUCCAACUUCUUGCUUAGUGAGUUUAUAGCGGCCAGUAGGUCACUUGGAGUAGGUUCUGUGGGGAGCUCUUGGGAGCUAGCGUCUUCAGCUAAGUCCUCGUGGGUCAGCGAUGUUGACAUCAGUUCAUUGUCUGUCUCAUCCAAAUUAUCUUGUUUAGCGCCUUUUCCCUUUGUCACAUUGCCAGACAAUGUUUGAAAUUAUAGGUGGUGAGAGAUUAAGAUAAAUAUGAAUUUGUUUCAAAAUUGAGCGGAGCUCUAACAAAACACGUCUAUUCCAUAGCACGCUCUCUAGCUCCCCCAUUUUAGCUUCUUGUAAGACAAGUGGCAAAUCAUUUGUAAAAAUAGAGAACAGUUUCGGCCCAAGCCAACUGCCCUGAGGGAUACCGCACUGUACAUAUCUGAUGUUAGAGAAGCUUCCAUUUAACAAUAUUCUCUGAGUUCUACGGGAUAGGAUGGGAAAGGGAAGGAAAGGGAGGCAACCAAUUUGAAUAGCGUACAGACCGCAGAGUACAGACCGAUAGUGUAUAUUGCAGCCACAAUUACACAUAGUGUCUAUAGCCUGACAAAUAGUGUCUAUAGCCUGGUCCCAGAUUUGUUUGUGCUGUCCUGUGUGCUGUCUCUGAGUUAGUGAGACAGCACAAACAUAUCUGGGACCAGGCUAACUGACAUUAGGGAAGGAAAUUGGGAGGAACCCAAUCUGAAUCCAUUGUUCUAGUUCUUAUUAUUGAUUUCCUUAACAGUCUUAUUCAAAUAGGGCCGGAGUUUUACACGGUCCUGGUCAGGUCACGCGACCAGUGAAGAACACCUGACCCUAAAACACUGACUCAUGCGUAGAGGAGCGAAGGGAAAGGGAGGGUUUCUUUUUGAAAUGAUUGUGCUUGUUCUAUUCAAGCCUCUGUCAAAUAUUGAUUUCCCUAAAGGUCUACUUCACCAGAACUAAUCAAGUUUUGGUUCCCGUUUUGACAGCUUGCCAGGGAGUAUGACCUCCUCAUUAUUGAGGACGACCCCUAUUACUUCCUACAGUUUGACAAGGUAAAAAUGGGUUCAUUGUUUAAUGUAUUAUGACUUUGUAUGUUUUAUUGGGACGCAUUGCACUGGUAUCACCCCUGCUGUAUAUCAUAGAACAGGUUGCUCAUGUGUUUCUCUCUCUCUCGCUCUCUGUCUGCAGCCCUGGGCUCCCACGUUUCUCUCCAUGGACGUUGACGGGAGAAUCAUUAGGACAGACUCCUUCUCAAAGAUCCUGUCGUCAGGGUGAGGCAGACUCAGAUCGCCAAGGCAACUAUGUGGGUUUAGAGGUCAGAGGUCAGGGAGGAAGAAGGAAGUACAGUCACUGUAUUAAUUUACCUUUAUUUAUGCAGGUUUGUCUAAUUGAGAUAAUAAUCUCUUUGGCAAGAGAGACCUGUUCAGUAGCCUGGGGUCUCUGACCUACCUUUCACUUCUAUAUCUCGCUAUCCAAUAAACAUACAAAGACUAAAAAAUAUAGUUUAAAAAAUACAGUUUCAGUUAUUACACUAUUACUAGCUACUUUAGUGGGAUUUUGUAAUCUGUCUCUCUAUGUCAGAACCUUUUUACCGAGAGAUUGAGUCAGAAGCUGUGUACUCAGUGGGUUAGUGAGUCCUUGUAUUUCCAGUUCAUGUGGACAAUUUAAUUACCUUGUGCUAUUCCCAGUAGGUAUUACACACACACACACACACACACACAGGAUGCAGCACUGCAGCACCUAGAGAGACAGAGCGAGGACACGCUGCUCAUUGUUGUUGUUAUGAUGUUCCUUCACUGGUGAAAUGGCCCCUGUCUGCCUUUCCCAUGUGUGUGUCUCUGCAGGUAUGACCCUCUGUGUCUGUCUUUGCAGGCUGAGGAUAGGCUUUGUAACUGGGCCCAAGCCGCUGGUGGACAGAGUGGUACUACACAUCCAGGCUUCUACAAUGCAUACUAGCACCUUCACACAGGUGAAUUAACCUCUACUUCUAACCACAUCACACCCUUUAAAAUUGCAUCACCUUCCCCUUUAAAAGUAGGCCUGGUAGUAAACUACCCCACCAUUCGCUUUGAAACACAUGUAGUAACAUGUAGUAAUAAAUAAGUAAUAUAGCAUUCAUGUCUUAGUAAACUGCAAUACCAUCCCCUUUAAAAUUAAUGGUACGUAGUAAUAAAUACGUUCAGGCAUAUUUAUUUCAUGUGAUGUUUGGUUGUAUUUUCUACUUUGCCUCUAGUCUCUAGUCAUUGUUUAAAUCCCAUAAUAGGCUUCUUUCCUGUGACUGUAAUCACAGCAAAACAUGAAACUGCGUAUUCAGUAGUGCACAGCGUAACAACACGUUUUCCAACAGAAAACGAAAACAAGGUAUUCCAAGGUAAAACAAGGUAGUAAACAUUUCAGGUAGACCCUCCACGUUUUGGCCUGCCUUCUUCCCAUUUGGUUGCUAGUGAAUACGACCCUGAUUAUAGUUUUUUAAAGUUAUUUUGCCAGAAGAGACAGUUGGCAGCAGUUUCAAUGUGAGUAGUUACCAUAGCAAUAAUAAGACAAAUGCAAUCAUCGAGAGAGAUAUUACUAUAUCAUGUUCUAUUUAUUUCUGUGAAUGUACUGUACCGUUCUCAGUAUAGAUUAGUGGCAUAAUUGUAUGUGUUCCCCGUAGAGAUGAGAGUAGAAAGAAAGUGUUAGUUGUUUAAUCCCUGUCAUCACAGAGGUUAAAGAGAAAAUCCACUCAAAAACAAUAUUUUGGUAUUUCUUUCAUUAGUCCAUGGUUGAUGCAGUUCCAACAUGUUUUGCAUGUCAGCAGGCAAGUUUUCAAGAUAUUGGACUUUCAAGAAGCAAGGGUUCACCGGCCACAUCAUCAUGAUGCUGGAUUUUCCCUUUAAUGCAACGCUAAUUCACUUUCCUUGAGCUGGCAGAACGAGACAGUCAUGCUCACUCGCUGCCUGCUCUUUGUAGACGAAUAUCAUGUUAUUGUAACAUCUGUGGGUUAUUUUCACGCAUGCAGAAGGAAAUUAGGGAAUAAGUAAAUGAAGAUGUGUGAGUCAAAGACAAGCACACUGUCUAGCUCUCUAGAAUAUAUGUAAUUACAUCUGUCCGUCUGUCUCUCUGAUCGUCACAUCUGUUUUUCCUUAAUAAAUAUAGAUGAUAUAGAAGUAUGGAAUGUUAGAGACAAUAUGGGGAAUUUAUAAAGAGUUAACUCCAUUUGUUUACAAUGUGAGAGAAGAACAUGCAACACAAUGCACUGGAACAUGCAACAAAUGCAGUGGUGACUACUGCACCCUGGCCGGUUCUCGGUCCCCCCUCUCCUUCUCUCCAUCUCUCCCUCUCCAGCUCAUGGUGUCCCAGCUGCUGCAUGGCUGGGGUCAAGAAGGCUUCCUCAACCACAUAGAUGGGUAG